AUGGCCACCGAAUUAACUGUCCAAUCUGAGCGCGCCUUCCAGAAACAACCUCAUAUUUUCCUAAAUUCUAAAGUUAAAACUAAGUCGACUAAGGUAGGGAAGGGUGGCCGAAGAUGGUACAAAGAUGUUGGUCUAGGAUUCAGAACGCCGAAGACAGCAAUUGAGGGGAAUUAUAUCGACAAAAAAUGCCCAUUCACAGGUUUAGUAUCAAUCCGAGGGCGAAUUCUGACCGGAACUGUCGUAUCAACGAAAAUGCAUCGUACUCUCAUUAUUCGCAGAGAAUACCUCCAUUUUAUUCCCAAAUACGCGCGAUACGAAAAGAGACACAAGAACCUCGCCGCACAUGUUUCUCCGGCUUUCCGUGUCGAAGAAGGCGAUCAAGUAACGGUGGGACAGUGUCGCCCUCUCAGCAAGACUGUAAGAUUCAAUGUUCUCCGUGUGCUUCCCCGGACUGGAAAGGCAGUCAAGCAAUUUAACAAAUUUUGA